UGGGCUGUUCAAGAGGAUGGAAGAUUUGGGGACCCCUUAUGACCAAGAGUUGGCCACGGAUAUCGUUCUUAGAUCCUUACACGAUGGUUUUGCACCUUUUAGAAUGCAAUACCAUAUGAAUGGACUAAAGCAUGAUCUAAAUGAACUCCACAACCUGCUUAAAAAUGCAGAAGGCAAUAUCACUGAUGACAAGAGGAAGGAAGUUCUGAAUGUCAAUAGUGGGAAGGGUUUUAAGAAAAUGGCUAAGAAUAAAAACAAUUACCAAAGAAAAGGUAAACAAGUUGCAAAACCCAAGGGUGAUGAGAAGCCAAGAGUAGCUUCUGAACAUGAUUGUUUUUAUUGUAAGGCCAAGGGUCACUGGAAGAGAAACUGUCCCAAAUAUCUUGAAGAUAAGAAGAACGGAACUGUGAGUUCCACUUCAGGGACUAAGAAAUAGAAGGCGGG